ACCACGUGGUCAAGCAAAGUUAGGAGACCGCGCUAGACAUCACAGCCGGGUAUGACGAAAAUACAGUGCCAUAAGAUUAGCUAUACUACAGAACAUUUGUAAUCUGUCUUUCCCAAAAAAAUGAACAGUGUAGGUGAAGGCUGUACUGAUCUUAAAAGAGAAUAUGACCAGUGUUUUAACCGCUGGUUCGCUGACAAAUUCUUAAAAGGAGAUCGCAGUGGUGACCCUUGCACCGAGAUGUUCAAGAAAUAUCAGUCCUGUGUUCAGAAAGCCAUCAAAGAAAAGGACAUUCCCAUUGAUGGUGUGGAAUUCAUGCGUCCAAACAAAGAGAAGCCAGGCAGUUGAUUGGACUUUAAAAAGGAGCCGUCUCUCUCCCAAACAUCAUCUACUACCCGAGUCUACACAGGAUAUUUGUUUCACUGCCGAGUUUGGCAUUAGCAAGCACAAUAUUUACACUUGCAAUCCUUUUUUUGGGUACAGAGGAAAACUGGAUUUUGGGUGAUAGAGGAAGUCAGUAUUAAUUUGAUUUUUUUUAAGCUUAGAUGAUGAAAAAUACUAUAAACAGGGGUGUUUCACCAAGUAGUCAGUGACCCUUUGUUGCUUUAGAACAUGGAGGCAAUCUGUAGCAGCUGGCUGGUGAACUUCUAUAAUGAAGUUCUGUUGAAUUAUACAAUAUCUGGAAUAUGCAACUAUUUAAUGUAUAAAACAGGGCUGUUUUCACAUAGUACUGCAUUUAAAGUGGAAGUUUCACAGCAUAAAGAAUUUUUUUCCCCCAGUUGUAUGUUCUAUCACAUCAGUGAUCAUGUACCACACAAUCAUGCAAGUAAAAAAUAAAUAAAUAAAAAUGGGUGGUUACAUUUUACUAAUCUGAAAAAUGACACAUUGCCAGACUUUGGGAGAACAAAUUCAUGAUUCAAUGCUUUAAUUGAAAAAGAAAAGAAAUAAAAGCAUUUUGCAUAAAGCACAUCUAUUGCAUGAUACAAAAAGGGGGCACACAACAAAACAAGUGAUUUAAAAAGUUCUGCCUUUUAUUAAAAAAAAAAAAAAAAAAAAAAAAAA